UUGGCGUUCCAUACUUCUGAAAACUUGAACCAAAGAUGGCUGCUCUCAUGGUAUGGUGACGGCGUUGAAUUCAGUUUCAGUUUUAGCGGCUACCGGUUGUAAUUGUCAACGAUAGAUCUAGUUUUAAAAGUUCGCCUUGUAUUUGUGGAUUUUUCACGUGGUGCAAUUUCUCCAAUUUAUAAUAAUGCCGGUAUCAAUGGCACCCACUGGUGGUCCAAGCUGCUUUGACAGAGUCAAGAUGGGUUUCAUGAUUGGCUUUUGUGUGGGCAUGGGUUCUGGCGCCCUCUUUGGUGGAUUUUCAGCACUCAGAUACGGACUGAGGGGGAGGGAGCUCAUGUCCACAGUGGGGAAGACCAUGGUGCAAGGUGGUGGGACAUUCGGCUUAUUCAUGAGUGUAGGAACUGGUAUCCGGUGCUAACGAAAAUUU